AUGCUACCGUCCGUCGAGUCGCACGCUCGCGAGACCGUGAGACAGCUUUUCGACUUCAUCCUCGCGCAAGGGAAUACCGAUUAUCUAGGCGAGAGGGUUUCGCAGCUUGAACAUUCUUUGCAAUGCGGAUACCUGGCGCAGCAAAGCCAGCAGUAUGGCCACGAUCAGGACGUCAUCCUCGGCGCACUUCUCCACGAUGUCGGCCGCUUUAUCCCGGCAGCCGACAGCAUGCCCAAAAUGAUUGCGCCCGAUGGCAGCUAUGUUGGCCGCGCAAGCCAUGAGAUCCUCGGGGAGAGGUACCUCCGCCAAUUGGGUUUCAGUGACAAAGUGUGCCAACUCGUCGGAUCACAUGUCAUGGCGAAAAGAUACCUCACCGCCGUCGACAAAGACUAUUACGAGGGCCUCAGCGAGACCAGCAAAAGAACUCUCAAGUACCAAGGAGGCAUCUUCGACCAAGACCAAGUGAAAGAGGCCCAGAAGGACUCUCUGCUCAAUGCCAAGCUCGCCAUCAGGAAAUGGGACGAUGAAGCAAAGGUUCCUGGCCGUAUCGUCCCCGGACUGCUGGAGUAUGAGGACAUUGCGACGAAUUGCUUGAUCGGACUCGGUUCCAUGAUUUCGGAUCCUACCGAUUUGCCCUCCCACAACAGCCAAGGUUGA